CGGAUUCGGACUCGGACUCGGUGAUAAGCAAGACGCCUCAGAGCAGCGAGCACAGAGCCCUAUUACUAUGCCUUAUUUCUUCUUUCUUCACGUCUUCUUGGCUUGGACAGGACUAUUGUGGACCUGUCUAGCGAGUUAACAGUCACCAUCAUCACUAUGGCAGACUCAGACAGGACAAGUGACAUUUGACGUUGAGAAAGCCAUGGCCGCUGAGACCUUCCAGGAAGUGCCCGCAAACAGUGCUGCGUCGCCUGUCUUGACCGGUCUGCCGCUGUACACAGUCCUGGUUGGGCUGGGACUGGCUCUGUUCCUGGGAGCUAUGGAUAUGGCCAUGCUUGGCACUGCCGUUCCAUCAAUCACCUCCACCUUUCAAACGGCCGCUGACAUCGGCUGGUAUGGCGCUGCGUAUCCCCUCACCAUGUCUUCCAUUAAACUGCUCACUGGCAAGACUUAUGCCCAGUUUCCUCAGAAGCUGGUGUUCCUGAUCUUCUUCGGUUUGUUCAAGUUGGGGUUUCGUUACUGCACAGCGAACAUGGGCUUUGAGACCACGGCGACAGGGACUUGUGCUUGAGUUGGAAACGGGUCGCUCACAGCGCAACUUCUGACCCCGACAGCGAUCGCAAGCAGAUCGUCG